GAUCCAUGGAGUGCCAGACACAAGCCUUGUCUGCCAACGGAGAGCUGCUGCUGCUGCUGGAGAAACCCCCGCAGGGAUGGACAAAGGUGGAAUGGAGAGUGAACCUGCAUGCAGGAUACCAGCAGCGGAUCCUGACGGUUCAGAAGAAUAAAGUUGACUCGCCCUCCAGGAGUCCUUUUUCUGGGAGAGUUGCGUUCCAGAGUGAGCCCCUCUCCCUGAAGGUCAGCCCAGUUAACACAGCAGACAGCGGGGUCUAUAAGGCAGAGUUUGAGGAUGCAUCAGGCAAAGUUACUGCCCUGUGCUUCCACGUGUCGGUGUGGGAGCCCGUCCACAAGCCGCACCUGGAGGCACGCAUCCUGCAGUGGGAGCAGGGCUGGUGCAACCUCUCGCUUGUCUGCACCGUGCCUGGUGCUGGCAAUGUCUCCUACAGCUGGUCCUGCAGUGGGGAUCCCCCAGGACCUCCAGUGCACCAGUCCUGGCUGCAGCUGCACGUCCGUGGGGAUGCCGACCCAACUGUCUACUGCUGCAAUGCGAGUAACCCG